GUGUCUAUGCACUAUAAAAGGCACACUUAACGGGCCCAAUGCACAUUCGCUCCUAUAUCCACACUUCUUCACCUCAAGCCACCCAACACCCUCCCUUCAAAAUGUACAAGCUGGUAGUAUUCGCCGCCUUCCUGGCUAUCGCCGCUGCUGCCCCUGGUUACAUCGGUGCCCCCUAUGCCGCACCCCUGGCUGCUCCCUGGGGACACAGCAUUGUCGGGGCCCCAUUGGUCAGCGCUGGAGUAGUCAAAACCGCUUUACCUGUAGCUACUUCCUAUGCUAAUACCGUCAGGAUUGCAUCACCUGCCGUGGUAGCUGCGCCCGCACCCAUUGUUGCUGCCCAUGCACCCUUGGUAGCUUCCCCAUAUGCCCACGCGUGGUGAGCAACCACCCCAGAGGGCACAAACACCUGCCCCUACCCCCAGCCCUCCAACACCUGGGCCUAAUCCGGAAUGCGCAACAGUCAAUAUUUAUUUUACAAUGAUAAGAAAAUCAGAAUGUCAGGAACAAAGAUCUAGCUCUUAAAAGUUGGACAGUUGUACCGUUGUGUUUGGAAAAACAAUAAAUAAAAUGCAUUAAA